GUUUCAUUAGUCAAACAGCCAAAAUGAACUCCAUCGUCUCAAUCCUAGCACUAAUUCUCAUUGGAGCUCUAAACGGUUCUCCAGUGAUUCAUGAGCUGCAGAUGUCUUCGAUGGUCAAGAGAUUUGAUGGACCGUUGCAUGGCAUGGGCUUGGACAGGAAACAAGGCAGUCGUCGCCUCGCUUUAAUGCCACUAAGCAAAAAUCUGACCGAAGAAGAACGUAUUGAGUAUUCCGAAAUCUGUGUGGGGAUUGGCAUCGUGUGCCACCUGGCCGAGCAAUGUUGCACAAAGAUGUGCCUAAAAUCUGCGAAGCGGUGCACUUAUGUACAUAAUGAUGCUAAAAAUUAGGUUUCCAUAAAGAAAAUACUAAUGUAAUGAUUAACGCAUAAGAAACCUUAUGGUCUUGCUUUGGGUGGGGGCUAGACAGCCACAAGUGUGCAUCUACAGUCACUUUCAAUUUAAUGGAAAUAAGGUGCCAGAGUCCCAGCAUUAGUCACCGCUAAUUCGCGAACUAGCUGCCUCUUUUUAUUAAUGCCGCAAGUGUUUUUCGCAAAAUAUAUGUACAGAUGGAAAUCAA